AUGCUGUCGGGCUGGCGAGUUGCGACGGAGGUGGUUACAUUGUCGGACCACCGCCACAUCGUGAUCGAUGUCGCACUUCACCACUUAGACAGUAAUUCCAGUCAUCGAGUAGGCAGCUCACCGCGGUGUUGGUCCCUCAAGCUGCUCAACCGAGACAAGUUAGAAGCCGCCGCCAUCGUCGCGGCCUGGCCGGCAAAAGCCGAAGAGUUACAUAUCAAUCCGGAAGGGGAAGCGAACUAG